CCUGAUAUAGACGGAGGCGCACUGUCAUCAUCAUCAUGGCGAUUGUUAUUAGGCGGGAACUUUGACUUGAGCAGUCCUUUUUCCGUCCUGCGUUUACCGUGAAACGUAGCGUUACUUGACAUAGGACGGGGGAUGAGUUACCGAGGAGGCCAGUCGAGAGGAAGGCCAUGGUGGCGUGGGCGUGGCGGACGUGGCCACUACAGCAGGCGUGAUCAGAACCAUAGCAGAGGCGGUUCGUCCAGCUCACGGAGAGGUGGGUACAGUGGUUCAACAUCAGCCUCCCAGACUAGACCACGUUUGUCACAGGCCAUCCUUGAAAAUGUCAUCCCGUCCCCCUACAAGGGCUGGCACCUGUACUUCCCAAACCAAGUAUACACAGAGCACUCCCCUGAUGUUGUGAGAACACAGGCCUUCGAGAAAUACUUCCUGUCCAUCCUGGAGCUAUAUGAUAAGGAUGAAAUUGAGCAGAAAGGUUCCUUAGCCAUAGACUUCAAAGAGCUUCUCCAAGACGAUGGUGUCCGUUCAACCAUUCCGGACAUGGGUAGUGUGAUGAAGGAGACCCCAGAGAAGAUUCUCAGCUGCCUGGGACUGGCUGUGCACCAGGUCCUGACCCAUGACCUGGAGAGGCAGGCAGCUGCCCUACAGCAGCCUGGGCAGGAAGAUGGAGAAACCCCAGCUACCAUAGCUGUUAAUGUACCCCUUAUCCAUACUAGGGUAUUCAAUUAUGAGCCCAUAACUUCCAUGAGAAGGCUGAAGGCAAAUUUCUAUGGUAAGUUUGUGUGCAUCAGAGGAACAGUGGUGAGGGUCAGCAAUGUGAAACCCAUGUGCAUCAAGAUGGCGUUUGAGUGUCUCACCUGUAGGGGAGUACAGAGAGUGAUACUUCCUGAAGGAAAGUACUGCCUACCAACCAAGUGCCCAGCCCCUGACUGCAGAGGAAGGUCUUUUGUUCCUCUUCAGAACCAUCAGCUCACAGAAACUGUAGACUGGCAGACUAUCAAAGUGCAGGAGCUGAUCACUGAUGAGAACAGGGAGGCAGGUAGGAUCCCCCGGACAGUGGAGUGUGAGCUGACCAGGGAUCUGGUGGACAGCUGUGCUCCAGGGGAUGUAGUCACUGUCACUGGCAUUGUCAAGGUCAUGAGCUCAGAGGAAGGCAGGAGGAAGUCAAACCGUGACCAGUGCAUGUUCCUCAUCUACAUUUCUGCUAACUCUGUGAGUAAGACGAAGGGGAAGAAGUCCACCAAGGAGAGCGGCACAUCAGGACUGGCCAUGGAGUUCACCCUGAAGGAGCUGUAUGGUAUCCAGGAGAUCCAGGAGGACCCACAUGUCUUCAGACUUGUCGUGGGGUCACUAUGUCCGGCCAUAUAUGGCCACGAGAAUCGUAUUCCUGUGAGAGGAGACCCCCAUGUCCUAGUGGUGGGUGAUCCUGGACUGGGCAAAAGCCAGAUGCUGCAAGCUGUUUCCAACGUUGCUCCCCGUGGUGUCUACGUGUGUGGGAACACAACUACUGCCUCUGGACUCACUGUGACCCUAAGCAGAGACAGUGCAUCAGGAGACUUUGCACUGGAGGCAGGAGCUCUGGUCCUCGCUGACCAGGGCUGUUGCUGUAUUGAUGAAUUUGACAAAAUGACCAACCAGCAUCAGGCUCUCCUAGAGGCAAUGGAGCAGCAAAGCAUCAGCCUGGCCAAGGCAGGCAUAGUCUGCAGCCUCCCUGCACGAACAUCCAUCAUCGCAGCAGCCAACCCAGUUGGUGGGCACUACAACAAGGCUAAGACUGUGGCAGAGAACCUCAAGAUGGGUAGUGCCCUGCUGUCUCGGUUUGACCUGGUGUUUAUUUUGCUGGACAAUCCUGAUGAGGAUCUGGACAGCAUGUUGUCUGAGCAUGUCAUGGCGCUGAGGGCUGGCAGGUGCCGAGAAACCUCUGCUGUCAGAGUGAGAAGAGACCCCCAGACCCCUGAUAGCGAUGAGGCCAGAAGACAGUGGGAAUUAGAAAAGCCGUUAUCUGAACGGCUAAAGAUCAGCAGAGGUGAACAAUUUGACCCCAUCCCACACCCCCUUCUAAGAAAGUAUGUGGCCUAUGCAAGGAAGUAUGUCCAUCCAAAACUGUCACCAGAAGCCAAGCAGGUGCUUCAGACCUUCUACCUUGAGCUUAGGAAGGAUCAGCGGGGCCCAGACAGCAUCCCCAUCACCACCAGGCAGCUGGAGUCCCUCAUCAGACUGACAGAGGCCCGUAGCCGUCUGGAGCUGAGGGAGACAGCUACCAGUCAGGAUGCACAGGAUGUGGUGGAAAUCAUGAAAGACAGCAUGUUUGACACCUACUCAGAUGAAUUUGGACAACUGGAUUUCCUGAGAUCACAGAAUGGGUCAGGCAUGAGCAGCAGGAGCAAGCCAAAGAGGUUUGUCGCUGCCCUGAACAGAGUGGCAGAACGGACGUACAACAACAUCUUCACUGUGCAACAGAUGAGGGAAAUUGCUCAGAAUUGUGAUGUAAAGGUUCCAGACUUUGAGGGAUUCAUUGCCUCCCUUAACAACCAGGGAUUCCUGCUGAAGAAGGGUUCUAGGGUGUACCAGCUGCAGACAGCUGGGCUCUGAGGGAGGCAUCCGCGCCAACUUCAGUCAGGUACCCUGGAGACAGCCACAGGACUUGGACUGGAUUAAGAUCAAUUUGAUGACUCAGAAUCUCUGUCACCAUGACAUAUUGGUCAUGACUGGAAAAUAAAUGUUUCGUUUUAAUUGAAAGUUUCACCCUCCCUGGUUCUACAGAUACCUUGUACUGAACUCCCGUAUCUGCCCUGUUUCUAUCUCCAGAUGUUCUCCGUUAUGUUGUACAUUCAUCAAGUAAAUAUAUAUCAGUAUCAAUGGUAGGGCAUUUUCUGUUGUGUAUUUAUUGUACAUUAUAACUAUUACAUGUAGAAUGAGAAUAAAACUUCAACCUUUGAAAACAA